UGUUACCUUCAUUAUUUUUUCAAAAUCCUAAAAGAGAAAUCAAAGAUGAAUCAAUCUCAAAAUAUAAGCCAACAAGCAGGCCAAGUCACAGGACAAGCUCAGGAGAAGGGAAGCAAUAUGAUGGACAAGGCAAGCAAUAUUGCUCAAUCUGCCAAAGAAUCUUGCCAAGAGGCUGGUCAACAAAUGAAAGAAAAGGCACAAGAGGCUGCAAAUGCUGCAAGGAGCACAUAUGAAGCUAAAAAAUGAAUGUGUGUAGUGAAGAUCUCUCUUAAGAAGUUAUUUGCACACUUUAAUUUUGACUUUUGAU